AUGCAGAAUCAUCCCAGCGCCUACCAGUGUAAAACAAAUGCAAGUUUGUCCGUCUCCGAGCACACCACGAGCAUAGCGCGGAAAAUCUGCCUUAACAUAACAUCUUUACGUCUACAGUCCCGCCCUAGAAUAAACUCUGCAACACUACACGUUCGAGCCAAACGGCUAAAUAUUUGGACGAGCAAGCCGAAAAAUCCGACCGUCCUCAUAAAUUCCCUCUCCAUCUCUCAAGUUGUGGCCGCUGGUGGUGCUGGUGCGGGUGCGGGUGCUGGUGCGGGUGCGGGUGCUGGUGCGGGUGCGGGCGCCUCGUCGACCGGAACACUUGUAUGCUCACCGACGACCGGGGUAGGGGGGUUCGGUUUGUUUCCCGCCUCACCCUUGAACAACACGUUCUUCUUCGCCAUCAGCUUGCUCAUCACUACCGUAAUCAGAAGGAAGCUCCCGAAUAGUAGAGCCAGGAUUCCUCUGGCGAACGCGUAG